UCUCAUGCUAAGGAACCAGCCUGUAUGCAUAGAGGGGAUCUUGAGGAUGCCCAGCUAAUUAAGAAUGGGGACAUUAUGUUGGGAGGAGUCUUCUCUUUCCACAGCAGCUGGGAGAACAGUGAAGAUAAUUUUAAACAAAAACCUCAGCAACUCCAAUGCACCAGAGACUUCCAGUUUGCUCAGGCCAUGCUUUUUGCCAUUGAGGAAAUUAAUAACAGUACAGAUCUACUGCCAGAAAUUACUCUGGGCUAUAAAAUGUAUGAUGCUUGUGGUUUCAUUGCCAGAAGUGUAAAAGUUGCAUUGGCUUUACUCAACAGUAAUGAAAUUGAGGCUUCACCUUCAAAGGCUUGUACAAGACCUGCACAAGUACAAGUGAUAAUGGGAGAAACCUCUUCCUCUCCUAGCGCAGCCAUUGCCACUGCAGUUGGACCUUUUCAUAUCCCAAUGAUUAGCCAUUUUUCCACAUGUGCUUGUCUCAGUGAUAAAACCAAGUACCCCUCAUUUCUUAGAACAAUUCCUAGUGACUAUUACCAGAGCAGAGCUUUGGCCCACUUGGUCAAGCACUUUGGAUGGACUUGGAUUGGAGCUGUUAGAUCUAAUGAUGACUAUGGAAAUAAUGGGAUGGCGACUUUCACUGAAACUGCACAGCAGCUGGGCAUUUGUCUUGAAUAUUCUGUAUCAUUCUUCAGAACAGAUCCAUCGGACAAAAUACUGAAGAUUAUUGAGAUUAUUAGGACAUCUACCUCAAGGGUUGUUAUUGCUUUCCUUUCCCACAUGGACUUAGAUGUGUUGUUACAUGAAUUUUCCAUCAACAACUUAACUGGCUACCAAUGGGUUGGAACUGAAGGCUGGAUGUUUGAUUCUCAAAUUGCAGCAAUGGAUAGGAAUCACAUUCUGGAUGGGGCUAUAGGCCUAUCCAUUCCCAAAGCACAUGUCAGUGGACUUAGAGAGUUCAUGUUUAACAUUAAGCCGCUGAAUUCAUCAAAUAGUGACUUAUUUACACAGCUUUGGGAGGCAUUAUUUGACUGUAAGUUUAAUCAUUCAAAUUCAGCAGAGAUUCAGAAGCAAUGUACUGGUGAGGAAGAUCUAACUGGAGUGGAAAACAGCUUCACUGACAUGUCACUCAUGCCCAUAUUUUACAAUGUCUAUAAAGGAGUUUAUGCAGUAGCACAUGCACUGCAUGACAUUCUCAACUGUAAUAAAACAUGUCACAAUGACGUACAGCUAGAGCCAUUAACAAUUUUACAGCACUUACAAAGGAUUCGAUUCAAAACAAAGGAAGGAGAUGAGGUUUAUUUUAAUGAGAAUGGAGAUCCAACAGCAAAAUAUGAAAUUAUAAACUGGCAGCGAAAAGAAAAUGGCAUGUUGAACUUUGCAGCUGUUGGUCUUUAUGAUGCAUCAUUACCAGCAGAUAAACAACUGGAUGUAAAAAUUGGGUCAACAGUUUGGGCAAAAAACUCACUGCAGGUGCCAGUUUCAGUUUGCAGUGAGAAGUGUCCUCCUGGAACCCAAAAAGUUCUCCAGAAGGGAAGGCCUAUUUGCUGUUUUGACUGUAUAAGAUGUGCAGAAGGAGAAAUAAGCGACAGUAUGGAUUCUGUCACCUGUGUGAGAUGCCCCCUUGAAUCCUGGUCAAAUGAAAACAGAGAUGCGUGUAUACAGAAGAAAGCAGAGUUUCUUUCACAUAAAGAAAUAAUGGGGGCAUUGCUCACUGCAGCGUCUUUAUUUGGAACAUGUAUGACUCUUGCUGUUGCAGUCAUUUUUGUUAUAUACAGGAAAACUCCUAUUGUAAAGGCAAACAACUCUGAGCUGAGCUUCCUGCUGCUCUUUUCCUUAAAGCUGUGUUUCCUCUGCUCUCUGACUUUCAUCGGCCAACCCUCUGAGUGGUCCUGCAUGCUGCGGCACACAGCAUUUGGCAUCACCUUUGUCCUUUGCAUCUCUUGUGUUCUAGGGAAAACCAUAGUGGUUUUAAUGGCCUUUAAAGCUACACUUCCAAGAAGAAAUAUGAUGAAAUGGUUUGGACCUACACACCAGAGAGUCAGUGUUCUGGGUUUUACUCUUGUACAGGUUAUCAUAUGUAUCCUCUGGUUAACAAUUUCUCCUCCCUUUCCUUCUAAGAAUUUUGAAGAAUAUAAAGACAAAAUCAUCUUGGAGUGUUCUCUGGGCUCCACUGUGGGCUUCUGGGCUGUCCUUGGUUACAUAGGUCUUCUCGGUAUGUUGUGUUUUAUUUGUGCUUUUCUAGCUCGUAAACUGCCUGAUAAUUUCAACGAAGCUAAAUUUAUCACCUUCAGCAUGCUGAUAUUCUGUGCUGUGUGGAUCACUUUUAUUCCAGCAUAUGUCAGCUCUCCUGGGAAGCUAAGUGUUGCUGUAGAAAUAUUUGCAAUUCUUGCCUCUAGUUUCGGAUUAUUGAUUUGUAUCUUUAUUCCAAAAUGCUAUAUCAUGGUGAUGAAACCAGAAGAAAAUACAAAAAAGAAUAUGAUGGGGAAGGGUGCCCAAAAAUAA